GAAAAAUUCUUACCAUUUGUUCUCCAAGGUCUUGAAACAAAGCAAUUAAAAAAAUUAACUAAUAAAAAAAUGAUAACAGAAAUUAAAAGUGCAUCCAUAGCAUCAAGGCACAGAGGGGAAACCCUCAAUCCACUACGUCCUAAAAGAACAUAUUCAUCAAGGGUACUAAGGGUUUCUUUAAUGCAUGUUGAGUCUUGA